UCUCAACACAACCACCAAAACACCAGUACGAAUCAACAGCGAUCAGGUUCGUGUGUUCUCCUUCCAAAGUGCCCAAGCUAUCCUGACAUAGGAAAGCUGACGCUCAAUAAUCGCGAUCAGGUCCAGGCCGCCUUUCGACGGUCUCCUUCGAAGUAGCACCAUAGCUGCGAGCAAUGGAGACCAACUCCACAUUCUCAAGCUCGUCAAACUCCAAGUAUUCUUCUCUAGAUAGCUCUCUUGAGUCUUCCGCCACAAUUAGAGCAAUGGCGACCGAAUCAACCCACACCGUUGUGGACAAUGAGUCUAUAACUGAAGAGCAAAGCGGUCCUGUCUUUACGCUAUUUCCGAAACUCCCUCCGGAACUACGCAAUAAGAUCUGGAAGAACGCUUGCUUCGUCACGCGGCUCAUUGAUCUAUGGAAAUUCCCUAUUGGUGAGAAGGAAUUUAGGGAUGCUUGCAUCGAGGAAUUUAACAAGACGAUAUGGGUUUACAAAAGCCAUUCUCAAACACCGCUGAUCAUGCAUACCCCUCAGGAAGCCCGCGCGGUUGGACUUGGGUAUUACAAGCUCUCAUUUGGAAAGAAUUUUAGCGCCAAAAUUGGACAAAGUGAAGUUAUUAUGUCAACUCCAGCUCGCAUUUACCUCCAUUGGGAGUACGAUGUCAUUUGCCCCAUGCCAAUUUGUCUCCGUGAAGAAGGCUGCACUAUAUACCGUGGCAGUGGCCCCCUCGUUCGAGAAUUGAAGGAUAUUAGCCCCUUGAUGCGACGUCUUGCUUUGGGAAAGUACGAUUCGGCCUGUAUCUUCGAUCUGCUAGGAAGCACGGCGCUGGAAGAAGUCAUGAUCUAUAAUGAACCUUUCACAACCCUCCGACCAUUCGAAGCCCACAAGUCAAUAUCCUUGGAGUUUGUCAGUAUUGAGAACGAGGUUGAUGAAAAGUUGGAGCUAGGAGAUCAGGAACGACUUCGUCCUGCGAAAAGAUUGAUCCAAAGAGAUAUUCAACGUCGUCAAGAAGGGAGUAUUUAGGGUUUUGAUAAACUUCCAGAAGGAUGGGUCCCGCCGACUGUUCGACUCAUGCGGAUGGUUGUCAAGAAGGGCUAUGAAGAAGCAGACGAGGAAGCAAUCGAGACUUAGCAUUCUUUUAUGCGAGGUGGCAAGGCAGCGGACAUGAGACCAAGAUAACGAAGGACUCGGGGAAGCAUAGAAGUGAGCUACCAGAAGCUACUUGGCAGAAGAGCAAAUGAAUUUUGGACCCGAAACUUCAAUCCCGAUGACUUCUGGGAAUAUGAAUCUAUGCAAACACUUCUAUGAGGUGGCGUACCAUGAGCCCAUAGGAGCAAGUGCUCAAAAUUUUCCGGCCAAGAGACUUGACCUUGGCCUUCCUUGAUUCUACUCAAGUUGAAUUCUAACUUCCCUGAUUGGCCUCAAUGCUAAAAAUCAUACACUCCAGCUCCU